AUGUCAACAUCGGAGGAGUCUCCAGCCCAGCGGGCAGCACGCCUGCGUCGUGAGCGCCGCGAGGCCAAAAUCAAGGAGGGAGGCUCUGCGCGUUUGGACAAAAUCACCAGUCUCAGCGGCCGCACACCUCAAGCUGACCGCGAAGAAGCCUCGCCAUCCCCUCAACCCACAAUUUCUCCAUCUCCUUCUCCUAUCCCGCAGACCCGUCCGUCGCCAAGCCCACAGCCGAGUAUGCAGCCGAGUAUGCAGCCGAACAUGCCGUCUUCACAAGACUUCCAGGCCCAGCAGGAGGCCUUCCGCGCCAUGCUCCGCCAGGCUGCCUCCGAGGAAGGCCAGGGCCAACAAGCCGACGACAUGGCGGAGGAUCCAACCAUGAAACUCCUCCAAUCUUUGAUGGGAUCCAUGACGGGCGACCCCAAUGCGCCCAUGCCAGGUGGUCCUGGUGGCGCGCCCGGCGCUGCGCCCGGACAGGCGCCCUCUGGAUUCUCACCAGCGGAUAUCGCAGGCGCACUUGGUGUGCCACCGUUCCUUGCGAACAUGCUGGGCAAUGGUCAACAACCGACUGAGGCCGAGCAAAAGACAAUCAAGAUCUGGAAGACGCUGCACAUCCUCUUUGCGCUUGGCGUGGCCACGUAUUUGCUUUUCCUCAUCAGCACAUCUGUUGCGAUGUUCGGUAGUGCCCCGCCCAAGCCUGCUACGGUCCAGAACCCUUUCUUAAUCUUCGUCACGGGUGAACUUCUCUUAGCUGGCGGCCGUGUAUUCUCGGGAGGUAAACAGGGUGGCAUAGGAUUGAUCAUUUCACUCUUCAGGGACUUUGUGCGUGAUGGUAGCCUCAUUGUCUUCGCGCUGGGUCUGGGAGCGUGGUACCAUCGUGGAUGGCAGACGAUCGAAUACUGA